GCAGAUUGGGUCGAGAGCUGACUGAUGUUCGGGCAAGUCAGCAGACUGGCUGAACAGAGAGGAGAGUGGGAGGACUUCAGAGGAGAGGAGAGGAACCGGAGAAGUUCUCUUUUAAACGACCUUGUGAUAUUUGGAUACUUGUUUCUCUAAAAAAAAAAAAGGUCGUCUAAAACCGUAACGGUAAACCAAAAGAUGGGGAACCGGGUCGCCCGCGAAGACUACGAAUGGGUGUAUUCGGACCAGCCGCAUGCCGACAGAAGGAAAGAGAUCUUGGCCAAAUACCCACAAAUCAAGUCGUUGAUGGGUCCUGACCCGAGGCUGAAGUGGGUUGUGUGCAUGAUGGUGGUUAUACAGUUUUUAGCUUUCUACCUGGUCAAAGACUUGAGCUGGAAAUGGGUUUUGUUUUGGACUUACGCCUUUGGCAGCUGUAUCAACCACUCAAUGACCCUUGCUAUUCAUGAGGUCUCCCAUAACACUGCCUUUGGAAACAACAAGGCCAUGUGGAACCGCUACUUUGCCAUAUUUGCUAACCUGCCCAUUGGCUUGCCCUACUCUGCCUCCUUCAAACGCUAUCACCUGGAUCAUCACCGCUACCUGGGUGGAGACGGUGUCGAUGUAGACAUUCCCACUGAAUUUGAAGGAUGGUUCUUUUGCACUCGCUUCCGCAAGUUCAUCUGGAUUAUUCUGCAGCCUCUCUUCUAUGCCAUCCGCCCCCUCUGCAUCAACCCCAAACCCAUCACUCAGCUGGAGGUGACCAACUUGGUGGUCCAGCUCACCUUCAACAUCCUGCUCUACUGGCUGUGGGGGGCCAAACCUGUGGUCUACAUGCUGGCUGGCUCUAUGCUUGGGAUGGGCUUGCACCCCAUCUCCGGUCACUUCAUAGCUGAGCACUAUAUGUUCCUUAAGGGCCAUGAGACCUACUCCUACUAUGGCUCCCUCAAUCUGCUCACCUUCAAUGUGGGCUACCACAAUGAGCACCAUGACUUCCCCAGCAUCCCUGGACGCAGGCUGCCCAUGGUGAAGAAAAUAGCAGCAGAGUAUUAUGAUGACCUGCCUCAGUACACAUCAUGGGUGAAGGUCCUGUAUGAUUUCAUCAUGGAUGAUGCACUGAGCCCAUACUCUCGAGUCAAGAGGAAGCUGAAGGGAGAUGUCAAACAGGAGUAACUUCACCAAAAGCUUCUCGGGAACAAAGAUGCAGUAUCCACCCUGACAAGACGCCCAGUUCAGCAUCCUAUGAAUUAACAGCUUCUGCCUUUUAAUACAUCCGCAUGAAACAAGGGUGAAUUGUGUACAUGGGUUUGGAAUUGUGCUUUGCCUCCACAAGAGAAAAUUGUUGUAGAUUAUUGAUAAUCAGUUCAGAAAACUCAGCCCAGUGAUGUUACAUUGAAAAUAUAAGUGGAGUUUGUCAGGCAGAUCUCAAUACUGGUUGCACAAAGACUUCAGUUAAUUUGAGAUAAGUCUCUUAUGCUAUAGAUUCUGAACAAGGAAAAAAUGUCAGAUGAUGAAAUGAUGGAUUGUCAUGAAAUAUGCUAUAGAUAUUGCUUUCCCUUUCAGGAUGGAUUUUGUCUCAUACAUUGGUUUGAAAUGUAGUUCCAAAUGUCCAUGUAUGGUCACUGUAUUUUAUUUUCUGUCACAGCUGUCAAAUGAACUCCUGCCCUCUCUAUAUGGUUACUGAUGUGCACUGGAUGUGUGAGUGCUCAUUACGCACUGGACAGACAUUCAAAUAUAAUCAGAUGUGCUCCUGAAACACUUCCAGUGGACUUUUGAACUACUCUGUAAACUGAGGAGAACCAGAAUAUGAUGUAGUCAUAAUUAGAGGAAGAGGUCAUAUCCAUAAGCUUCCCCUGUACUUGUUAGGCAAGCAUGCUAAAUUAAGAUGGUGAUGAUAGUAGAACUUCAACAAACAAUUGUUUUGAUUAUUGAUUCAUCUGAAGGUUAUCUUCACUAUUAAUGGAUUCAUUGUUUAGCCCGUAAAAUGUCAAAAAUAAUUGUGAAAAAAGCUCAAUUCAAAACAAUUCACUCAAAUACCCCUAAAGUGACGUCGUCACAACAUUUCUAAGGCCCAACCAACAUUUGAAAAGGACUCUUCAUAAACAAUUAUAAAUGACAAAGAGAGGCAGCAAAUCCACGUUUAAGAAGCUGGGAACAGCAAUCGUUUGACAUUUUUUAAAUGAUUUAUCGAUCAUUACAUAGAUUAUUGAUUCAAUUAAUAAAUUGAUUGCAAUGAAUUUCCUUUCAAUCAGCUAAUCAACAUCUGCUACAGUGUUUUUCACUGUGAACAUUUCAGCUUGCUGCUAUAUAUUCUUAACGCUAUGAACCCAUAAACAGGCAACAGAAGUCACUCUCUUAUAUUAAAUAAGCGGAUGAGGAAAAGCAUUUGUUGACUCACUGUAUGAACUGGAGUUAAGUGUCCCUCAUGCUCACAGUGGUCAUUAAUGAUUUAAUGGCUAAAUAAAUCCAUCAGCGAUGCAGCCUGGGAGAGAACUACAACCGUCCCCUUGCUACCAUGGCUUGCUCUCCCUCUCUCUGUUGUGCCUUGUAAAAAAUUGUGCCUUAAAAGGACCAUAUACUAAAAAAAAAACAAAAAACAAAAACAUUGGUGAGUGAAGCAGGAGCAAAGACUACUCAGUGUGUUACCAUAAACCAUCCAUUGAGCAAUGUUGUCCUGUUUGAUGCUUGUCUACAGUUUAAGUUAAUCUGUAGACAGUCUUUAUGUUUGUUGAACCGUUUUGAUAUAUGUUCAGCUUUUAAAAAUAAAACUGGCCCCUCUGUUGAUCAA